AUGGGUUUCUGGAGUAGCCUCGUCGACGGUGUCAGUUCUGCUGGCCAAUGGGUGCUGAACCACUCAGGCGACAUCAGUUCAGUCGUCGGCACCGUCACCAAGGUAGCUGGAAUCGCUGCCCUUGAAGAAUUCAAAGAACCGGGCGCUACGGCCAAAGGUCCGGAGGCUGCGCAGAACGACGGAAAGCGCUCCGAUGACCCCCCUCUCUGA